CUAUACAUGCUACAAUUGAAAGUUCUGCCCUACUCAUUCACUCACCUAGCUGUCGUCAAACUCCUUCCUGCUGCCGCUAAUUGAAUGCGUCAAGCCAGUCACGAGUGUCCCAGUCUCAGAAUCAUCCUCCAUCACUGGCACUCAAACUCGCAUUCGCAUUCGCAUUCGCAUUCGCAUUCGCAUUCGCGCUCGCAUUCGCGCCGACUUGCAACUCCAGGAACUCGCAAUCGAGGAACAAAGCUUUCGCACUUUCUGUUCCUAUCAUAGCGCAUCGCUUCCUUGUGCUGCCCAUCUCUCCGCGAUACCUGCUCUGCCUUUCCAUCAUGAGCGACGACAGCAAUGAAGCAGCAUCGAGCUCUUCCCUCUCACCCACCCACGCCGCAGCAUCUCCAUCCGCUGUGCGCCCUUCCAAUUCCUACCGACCGCGCGCGCACCUCUCUUUUCCCCAAGCAGCUCAACCGCACCUGGUCCGCGCCGCCCAAAAAGAUCUCUACUACCUCUCCACCCUGCAAUCCCAAUUCCACGAAGUAGCGCGAGGUAUCCUAGGUUCUCGCACCUUGCACACCCACUCCGAUCUCAUCGCAGCUGGCGCAAAGUUGUCUUACUUUGUCGUCGCUACGAUGGGUGGAGCUCAGACGCUCGGCGAAGAGUAUGUCAAUGCGGUAUUGGCCGGUCCAAAUGGCAAAGUGGUCACCAGAAAGCGUCGACUGCUGUUCAUAUCCCUGCACAUCCUUCUCCCGCUCCUCUCUGUUCAAAUCUACACUUUUCUCUCCCAACUGCUAGCCCGUCUGCGAGCUCAGCGUCAAGCCGCGCUUCAUCGAGCACGUCUACGUGCUCAAGCCACGCGCUCGCGAUCCGCUCCUCUUCCCUCCUUGACGGAUCGAGCGAUCAGCUUGGCAUCCAAGUCGCUGCCCACCGAUGGCUUGCAAAAGACAAAGGAUUGGUUCGCAUGGAUCGCAAGCGCUCAUUUGGCCAUCUUUUACAUCACUGGAAAGUACCACAGUGUGGGUCAAAGAGUAGCAAAGGUGCAAUAUAUCUCGACGAUCCCUCGAAGACCCGGUUCUCGUCCGCCUUCCUACGAAGUGUUGGGUGUUUUGUUGGGCAUUCAGAUCGGCGUCAAGUCUCUGAUGUCCCUCUUGAAAUGGAGACGGGAACGACGAGAAGCUUCUUCGCGAUCAGGGCACCAAGGGGCGCACGGCGGCGGCGACGGCGCAUCAUCUUCAAGCAGCGCAGCGGGUACGACGACGAAUGACCAGUUGGUCAGGUUGGACGAGACGAGCUGGUCGCACGCCAGCGUUCCGGCCAAGCGCACCGACAUUUCCAUCCAAGCCGGCGGAGCAGCCGUCGUCCUACCUCUGGGCAGCGCGUCCGGCGCAGAAGGGCAAGGGGAGGAGGAGGAGGAUGCGCAAGUUGGCGAUGCCCAAGCAGACGAACCUCGAGGAGCUAGCGUACCGCUAGUCUAUCCCGAUCCCGACGCUCUUCCGAGCGCAUCUUCGUUGGGUCUGGCGAGCAGUGCGGAUAGGAGCACCUUGGAGGCUCUGAGAGCUGCUGCGAGGGGCAAAGCUGCAGAGUUGGAGAGCGUUUCGCAAGGCAUUAGGAGGUGCACGCUUUGCAUGGAGAGCAGAGCGCCGCAAAAGGGCUCGAGCGCGGUGACGGAGUGUGGACAUGUGUUUUGUUGGGUUUGCAUCUUGGGCUGGUUGAGAGAAAAACCCGAGUGUCCCCUCUGCAGACAACAUCUCAACCCUUCGCACGUCUUGCCCAUCUACAACUUCUGAACACGGAGCGACAGCAAGACCAUAGUAUGCCCAACCGAUGGAUACCAAAGCGCAAAUUUAAAUGUAAAUGUAAAUGCUCUCUUCCUCUUCCCUCUCGACUCCACAGUCCCACUCACUGCUCACACUCGGCCCGCUAGCCAGUGAACAAAGAAAGAUCAGGAUCAAAAGAAUCACAUUUAUAUUACAUUACAA